CAGAAACCUGAAAAACUGUUUGUUGUCCACCGCUGCAAGUGCCAUCCCUCCGUAAGUCGCGUCGCCAAAACACAAUGUCUAAGGACGACAAGGAUAAAGUUCAGAUAAUCGACAAAGACCUGGAUCUGUCGAACGCCGGACGUGGCGUGUGGCUGGUCAAGGUACCGAAGUACAUUGCCCAGAAAUGGGAGAAGGCUCCGUCGAGCAUGGACGUGGGCAAGCUGCGGAUCAGCAAGACGCCCGGUCAGAAGGCCCAGGUUUCGCUCUCGCUCACACCCGCCGUCCUGGCUCUAGAUCCAGACGAGAAGAUACCCACAGAGCACGUGCUGGAUGUGUCGCAGGUCACGAAACAGACAUUGGGGGUAUUCUCGCACAUGGCGCCGGCUGAGGCGGCCGUUGCCAGCGUUGGCAAGGAGAACUCGUCGUCGUCGCAGCCGGACAACGAGAAGCUCUACAUGGAGGGUCGCAUUGUACAGAAACUGGAGUGCCGUCCGAUCGCCGAUACUUGCUAUAUGAAGCUAAAGCUGGAGUCCAUUCGCAAGGCAUCGGAACCACAGCGUCGGGUGCAGCCCAUUGAUAAGAUUGUGCAGAACUUCAAGCCCGUCAAGGAUCAUGCACACAAUAUCGAAUAUCGGGACCGCAAGAAGGCCGAGGGCAAGAAGUCUCGCGACGACAAGAAUGCUGUGAUGGACAUGCUAUUCCACGCCUUCGAGAAGCACCAGUACUACAAUAUUAAGGAUCUCGUCAAGAUCACCAAUCAGCCGAUUAGCUACCUCAAGGAGAUUCUCAAGGAUGUCUGCGAUUACAACAUGAAGAAUCCGCACAAAAACAUGUGGGAGCUCAAGAAGGAGUAUCGCCACUACAAGACUGAGGAGAAGAAGGAGGAGGAGGAGCACAAGUCCGGCAGCAGCGAUUCCGAAUAGCAUAUAGCAGAAGAUUUUCUAUAAUUUGUUUAUGAUUAAAAACAUAUUUAAGUGAUUGCA